CGCUUUCUUCCCGUACAACUGGAACUUACGUUUGUCGUAUUUAAACUAGUACUUCUUUUUGCGACCUCGUCGAAUUCGCGAAUCCUGCGCAGAUUAAUUCUCUUGGAAAUUAAUUUAUUUAGUUCCGUGCCCGUGUACGGGUGACGUGGCGAUCAACGUGGUAAACCGCGACGCGAAACUUCUUUUAAGUUACGAGCAAAAAAAGUUGAUGGAACAGGAUCGACCAGUUUGACGCAGCAAAAAUGAUUGUACGACGAAUAUAUCCAUCCCAACGAUUCCGUUGCGUCUGCGACCGUCCGCUGAUCGAAACUGGAUCAUUUUUGUACGCGCGAGUCGAAUUCGGGGCGUACAUCGAGAAGAAUUCGUCGUGUUACAUCGAGAAGAGUCGUCGAUUAAGAGCUACGCAUUGUAUUCGUCGCUUAUUAUUGAAAUUAAAGAUUGCUAACAUCUAUCCGCACUCGCUCGAUUACCCCACCACGGGACUCUUGUUGCGAUAGUGGGGAUUCCGCGAGAUGAGCUGGUCCAAGAUUGGAAAUACUGGAACUACUACUCCGCCGAGUAAAAAUUAUUGCCCGUGUCCGAAGCACGCAGACGACGCCCAGUCGGUGAAUCUCCGCGAACCGUGGCUGAUCGUCUCCGUCGUCGAGCGAACGUUGCCUGGAUUUUUUCCCGAUCGGUCGGUGAACGGCGAAGAGCUUCGAGGAUCGAUCGUUUGCAGGAUCUUUACAAACGUGUUGAGAAGCCACGGACGGUCGACCGUACAAGUUGUCUCCGAGAUGUUCAAGCGCACGGUAAUCGUCCUCGCCUUUUUGAACGGAAUGCUUAGCGACGUAGCAUCCGUCGCUGGCGAAACUUACGACUCAGGUCGCUCGUCCGCGGACUCCGUGCAGUGCCAAAACAAUUACGACGCGGACAAGCAGUCGUUUUUCGUUAACGGCCGGCAACGCGGUACUCCCAACGACACGAAGAUGAAAGAAGGGUACACCAUCACGCGCGGCAUCGGAGCUCACAAGCUGUUUAACAAGAGGCUCAAGUGGAACGCGGCUCGCCAGGUCUGCAUGAGAGACGGAGGUUACUUGGCUAUUAUAAACUCGGUGGCCGAGGAGAGCGUGCUGCUGCGAUAUAUGGAGCAGCAGAACAUCGGGGAAGCCUGGCUAGGUAUACACGAUCUAUACGAAGAGGGAGACUGGGUGACUCUUACGGGCGAGUCGCUGGAAGAAGCUGGCUUCGACAAAUGGACCACGGCGUUCGCGAACGAGCCCGACAAUUACGGAGGGAACCAGAACUGUGGAAUCCUCGUAAAAGCCAGCGGCCUCGACGACGUCGUGUGUACUCUGCCCUACUUCUACAUCUGCGAGAUCGACAUCGUCUGAUCUCGUCAGUUCCACCCAUGAUCCACGUUCCACGUUCCACGAUUAUUUUAAUUGGUUCAAUAAACUUUUUUUUUAAAAAAAAAAAA